UUUGGGACGACAAAGCGCUCUAACUGGGGACCACGGUAGCCUAUAUAAACCUGCCAUGAAGCCUCACACAACCACCUCACUAAAGCACCCUGCUUUUUCGCCCCCUCCCGCUCCUCCUCUCUCUCACUCUCUCAGCUUUUCACAGUUUCAUUUCUGUGCUGUCAUCGCUAUCUGCCUCUAUCUCUUUCUAAAACCCUACCUUUCUCUUAGUAAGGAUGGCGGCUAAACGCUCGCGAAUCGCUCGCUCCUCCAGCUUCGGUGACACCAGCGUUCUCAACCAGGUCCUACCUCCGCCGACUACCGCCUCGCCGGAGCUCCGUUACGAUGUGCGUAAGGCUCCCUCCACUGCAAGGCCACCGCCUAGCGUUUCAGUGGAGAGCAAUCAUCCUCCGCCGGGGAUUCUGACAUUGGCGCACCCGGAUGUUGAGCAGGACAGCCUUGUGGGGCAAGUUGGUAAUUUUCUUGAGAAAUGUUACCGCUGCAAGAGGAGCAUUUCCGAGAAUGAUGAAGUCUUCAUGUACAGCUACUUGCGUGCAUUUUGCACCUCUGAAUGCCGUGCCAAACAGAUUGACAUGGACAAGCUGGGGGAGGAAGUGUUUGGGCAAUCAAUAGAAAGCAAGACUCAAAGUGGCAAGAAGAAUAAUGUGAAGUUGUUUGGUGUUCAACUGUGAAAAUGAGCAUCUUUGUUAUCUCAAAUAUAAGUAGCUGGUACUAACUUUUGUGGUGCAUAGCUGUCAGGUUUUUUGUGAUUGGCAUGCACUUUCUGCAUAGAAUGAGCAUCAUAUGCUAUUAGAUUCUCCUGGUUGCAAUAUCGUUUGGCCUUGUAUAGUUACAGUAGUUUGUCUAGGCUCAGGACUGUGUUCUUGAAGUAAUGACUUUGACUGUGAGUUUCUUUUCAGUUCUCUGUAUUGCAAUUAGGUAUCGACUUGUGCAUGUACUAUGGAAUAAUAUAGGAUCAUUGAAAUAUAUUACCAUGUUAAACUA